AGCAAUUGACUGGAAAUUUGGCGCUAUGCGAGGUAUCCAUGGAUGUCGCCGUUAUGUGUUGUGCGCCGGGAUAAAACCACAUGACUAUUCGCUCGCAUUACCUUUUUUAUCAAACGCCACAGGUGACUCGUGAGUUGCACAACCAACUCGCCGCACAUCCUGUUUGAUAUCGGACUGCCAAGGCUGAAUUUGUUUCUUGGUUUUAAGCCAGCCUUUACCGCAAGAAUACUUGAAGUGCAUUGACCCCAAAUACCGUAAUUAAAUAAUGGUGAACAUCAGUGAUUUUUUUUAUUAUUCCAAGGAGGGGCUGGACCAUAUCAAAAACACCUUAAAGAAAGGAACAUUGUGGAAAACAAAUUCCAUUAGGUCAGGACGGACUAAAAAAAGCAUCUUCAAAUUGAAUAUCAUUCAUUCCAUUCCAUAUGGAACUUGUACUGAGGUUAAAAGGUGGCAAAUCUACCGCAGUGCACCUCCUGUGGUCAACAUGAUUAGUACCAUUGAUGUCUGUUACUGCGCAACAGGUUGUGGGAAACUCAAAGCGGGUCCGAACCGAAGUUAAACCAAUUGCACCUGAGGUCUGCAUUUCAGUUGUCAUUUUGACUUGGCCGUUUCCAGUCAAACACUGCAUGCACACCAAAAACUGUGACAUAAUCGCCCCAGAUUCGACAACUCCAACUUGAGAACUACUGAGGAAUAACCCGGGAGGGUCAGAUGUCAAAUUCCACUGUGAUGACCGCUCGGGCCGACUUGCCUUCCGGAAAAACUCUCGGCAACUCUCCUUUUUGCCAUUGAGAAGCGACGAUUGACAGCCUCUUGAUCAUCUCCAAACAAACACCGUUAAAUCGCUGUGUAUUGCCCCGAGCAAGUAGGCUAAGCUAAAAGGAGGAGUUUCUCGAUCGGGCUGAAAAGCUAGCAUGAUCGAAUUUGGCACUUCAUCUGUGUUUUGGUACUGCGCCAAGGAGCUUCCAAGUUCUGCACUCCUAUGCUAGAGCGUACGACGGAGGAGAGCAUAGCUGAGGAACUCUCAUUGAUCGUGCGGUAGAAGAAGUGCCCGAAUCAUGGAGAAGAAGAGCGUGGAUGUUGUUACCCAGGAUGGCAGGAAACCCGCGCCCGCCAAACCUCCAGGUAGCUCAGUCAACCCCUUCGUCAACAACAACAUGGAGGGCAGCCAACAGAAGCUGACCUUCGAGGAGCAAAUUGGCCACAGGAAACCCAGCAAGGUGUACAUGGCCAUCCUGAUAGUACUGGUUUUGGCAACGAUUGCGGUGCUAGUGCCUCUAGUUGUGAUCGUUCUGGAGAGAAACGAGCUGGCCAAGGAGGUGGCUGAAUUGAAGUCAGCCCAUACGCCCCAGACUUGUACAUCGCAGCAGUGCAUCAAGUCAGCCGCCAUCUGUCUCGACAGCAUGAACCGGGAUGCCGACCCCUGCGACAACUUCUUCGAGUACGCAUGCGGGGGCUGGAUCAAGCAAAAGGUUAUCCCGGAUGACAAGUCAAGCUACAGCGCCUUCACUGUGCUGAGGGAACAGGUGGAAAUCAAAUGCAAAGAACUGUUCGAGCGAGAAGGGAAGGAGGACGAGGCCAAACCCAUCAUCAGUGUCCGCAACAUCUACAAGUCCUGCCUCGACCUAGAUCGCAUCAACGAGAGGAAUUCCGAGCCCCUGUUGGAUCUGCUGGUGACCGUGGGUGGCUGGCCAGUGCUUGGCAACCUAACGGGUGGCAACUGGGACCCAACCACCUUCCAUUUUGAGACAUUAUGGGCCCUCCUGAAUGGGAAGUACGGCUCAGACAUGAUCGUCUCCUCCUGGGUCAGCGUUGAUGAUAAGAACUCAUCCAGUCACAUAUUAAAACUUGAUCAGCCGAGUCUUGGCCUAAGAAGCAGAGACUACUACCGGAACGUUGAAUUUGAAGAGGAAAGAGCGGCGUAUUUGCAGUACAUGGUAGACAUCAUUGUUGAGCUGGGCGGGGACGAAGCAGCGGCCAGAUCAGAUAUGUCUGACGUCAUGACGUUUGAGACAGCCAUAGCAAACAUGUCUAUUCCGAAGGAUGAGAGACGAGACAACGAGAAACUGUAUAACAUCUUCACUUUGGAAGAAUUGAACGCAGCCUAUCCGCAGAUCAAUUGGACACUGUUCUACGACCUUAUCAUGCCGGACAAAGUGAAGCCCAUCUUGCCCACGGAGCGCAUCGUCAACAAGGUGCCUUUGUACCUGAAGAACGUUACUGAGUGGCUGGUACGACAGGACAAUAGAGUGAUCGCCAACUACAUGGUGUGGCGACUGGUUAACGGCAUGGUCAGCGACCUGGGACAGAUCUUUAUCGAUAUUCGCCAGCGAUACUUGAACGUGUUGCUGGGCACCUCGUCUACUCCAGCCCGCUGGAAGCGAUGUGUCAUUGAGGCCAACAACGUGUUAGAGUUCGCCACAGGUCGAAUGUACGUGGAAGAGUACUUCCCUGCAAUCGCCAAAGAAAAGACAAUUGAGAUGAUCGGCAACUUGAAGAUUGCCUUCAAGGCGAUGCUGGAGACCAACGAUUGGCUACAGGAGGCGGACAAGAGAGUGGCUGCGGAGAAGGCUGACCAAAUGCGGAUUGACGUGGGAUAUCCUGAUUGGAUCAUGGAUGAUGCCAUGCUGGACGAAAAGUACAAAGGGUUGGACUUUGUUGCUGAUGGUUACUUCGAGAACUCCCUUCUGUAUCUGCGGUGGAGUAAGGUUGAGAGUCUGUCUCUCUUGAGGGACGUCGUGGACAGGACAGAAUGGACGGCUGGGCCUGCUGUUGUGAACGCGUACUUCAGUGCCAGCAAGAACCGAAUUCUUUUUCCUGCUGGAAUUCUUCAGCCUCCCUUCUACCAUCAGGACUUACCCUGGUAUUCGAACUACGGCGGUAUUGGAGUUGUUAUCGGUCACGAAAUUACACACGGAUUUGACGACGGAGGGAGACAGUACGACAAAGACGGCAACCUGGUGGACUGGUGGAGCGCAGACUCGGUGGUCAAAUUCAAGGAGAGGGCGCAGUGCAUUGUGGAUCAGUAUGGGAGCUUCGUCAUGCCCGAGACCAACGAAAAUAUGAACGGAGUGCAGACACAAGGGGAAAACAUCGCAGACAAUGGCGGUUUGAAAGAAUCGUACAAGGCCUACAAGGAUAACGUACCAGAUGAACCACUCUUGCCUGGAUUAAACCUGAGCGCAGACCAGAUGUUCUUCCUAACAUUUGGCCAGAUGUGGUGCAGUGUCUAUCGGCCAGAGGGUGUGACGUCGCAAAUUCUUGGAGGAGUACACAGUCCGGGUCGGUACAGGGUCAUCGGUCCCAUGCAGAACAACGAAGUCUUCGCCAGGGCGUUCAACUGCUCCCCAUCAAGCUACAUGAACCCAACGGACAAAUGCAAUGUCUGGUAACCGCCGCUCGCGAGUCCAGACUGUGUAUAUUCGCUGUAAAUUAAUCUCAGAUCUGUGACUGUUUUUUUUAUCACACGAAGAACUUUAUAUUCCUUCUUAGCGUUACUAUUUACAUUGCAUUGGUAUAGAAUCAAUCACGAAUUCAAUUUGAAUUAGGUAGGACUCGAACCUGCGUCGCUCGAGUAUAGUCUAGUCAGGUUUAAUAUACCAACUGUCCUCAUACCACUGAGAGCCCAAUUUCACGGCUCUGCUAACACGGAAUACAACGCCUACUUUACAUAUUGAGGCCACGCCCACAAAAUUGGGAAAAUAAGAGGUGUUAAAACAAUUGCAUGUCUAAAUUUGGGUCCAAGUUUAUUUUAAAGGACGAAACAAAAAGGGAAAAUGGAUGUUGAAGGUUUUUUCCAAAUUUUUAUUUGGGCGCCCAUUUAGCAAAAAUUAAUGCCCCCUCCCCAAGAAUGGAAAAGAUCCGAGAUGGGUUCUCCUCUUAGAGUACUGUUAAGCCCACUGCAGCCCUGCCUGCCAAGUUUCAUGAUUUUACCGCAAGAAACCAUAAUGAACCGAAGCAGCUCCACGA